CAAAAGAGGUAGCCGACGCACCAGCAUAAACCAAUGUCAAUCCGCUAUAAUAAAAGAAGUGAACUGCUUCGCGAGGAAGGAUGUGAAGAACAGCGGUCAAGGUCAAUGCGACUGCUUUGACAGUCAACCCAGCGCAGCCUUGGCCCUGGCCUAUCUGUUUUUCUCAGUUUUUUUUUCAUCACAUAUCUUCCGGCAUGUGCUUAUCCCGUCGCUAUCACGUUUAUCGUAUCAUCCGCCAGCCUUUCCUUUUGUGCGCAGCCCUGGCGCCGAAAGCUGAAGAAACUGUAUCCUCCUUGUUGCUUCCACUUCGUCAAAUCGUUGAAACAGCGUUGACGGCUUCAGUUUUUAAAAUGACGCACAUAUUGCUAAAAUGGACAACAGCUGAAGCAUGGGAUGUCUACCCGACGCGCAAGAUGACAGCAACUGAAAUAAUGAAUGACCCAUCAAUCGUGGAGUCACUCGUCGGACGCACCUUUGAAAUUACUUGGAAGAGCGGUGAGCCGCCGGCAAAGGCACAUUUGAUUGCUGCGGGAGACCUAGGCAACCUUGAGAGAAGACGGAACCGCCUCGCCGCACGAGCAUGCAAGAACAUGUCACAGGCGAGUGGCUGCUGUGGUCAUGAAGAACAAAUAAAGCAACUGCAGCAGGCGAAUGAUGACCUGAAACGUAAUAUAGAGGAUCUGGAAAACAUGAUGGGUAUACAAGAGUGUAUCACGAUCUGCUGGUUUUCGCUGACUGUUUUACAUAUUUCUGACUCCCCAGACAUCCAGAAGACCGUGAAAACACUCGAGCGAAUUGUCAGAAAGAUGAAGGCUUCUCAGGAGGAACGUCCUGUGCUGGAGCCGAACCAGGUAGACCCGGGAAGCGGCGUGUACGUGUCCAGCGCGACGCUUACAAGGCUACAGGAAUCCUACAAGGAUUCUCCCAGCAAGUUUGCCCGUGCUCUCACUCGUGUACUUUUUACAGAUGAAGAGCUAAAAAACCGAUCACUUUUUGGUAAACAGGCCAACAGCCACAAGAACAAGGACCCAAGGCCUGUCCUCGACGAGAACCGUGUGACAGCUAUCUUGGAGCACACCUGCGUUACAUUCAAGUGCGCGGACUACCUGGUGAAAAGAAGCCUCGGUGCCAUGCUUCACAAGCUCAACAAGGGCACCCCAUGAUGCUGCUGUGUACAAUGUGCAAAUAAAUACUUUGGGUGGUAGUUCGCACCAA